AUGUUCAAAGAUGUCCAGCAAGAGCCAACAAAGAUUAUGCUGGGUAACUGCAUGGUAGCCAAAGACACAGACGGCAAAUGGCAUUGGUCACCACUAGCACAAGCUUCCCUUAGAGUUGAUGUCAAAAAUGGCAAGCACAAGGACAUGAAGCCCAAAAUGCUCCACCAACAACGCGAUGAGUACAAAGCGUUUGACUUGAAAACUUUCUGGGCCCACAUCUAUCAGGAGACUAGGCAAAACAAGGAUUCUGCAUACUGGUUGGGAAGGAAGAAGAAAAAGGAAAAGAGACUUGCAAAACAUCAAGGAAAACAAUAUAAGGAUGACGACAAUGACUUUUACGAUCCUUUCAUUGAUUUUGUAUCCCUAAAGGACUAG